AAGGCUGAUAGCGGGCUGAGCGCUAACGUAUAGAGGUCCCGGGAUCCGUGCAGGUAAAUAGGAUUAUAAUGAGGGGGAUCGGAAGAACCGGGGAUGUUACGAUGGCAACAAGUGUUGUGGCCUAUAGACCGAUGGGAUAUGUAUUACUAUAGAACAUGAUAUGAUGCGGCCCAAGAUACCCGUAACACCUGACAAAUAGUACUUGCCGAUUUCCCCAUGGCUAUCCCUAUAACCAUCCUCGAUUGCGACUUACUCCUUUAUGGCCGCGGACAUCGCACCCUCGACCGCUUCCGUCUGGAUGAGGUUUCUGACGAGUACUUGGUUUCCACCUAUGGCUUUCCCCGACCAUUUAUCGAUUAUCUCGUCGAUCUUCUGGGUACCAGCCUAUCCCGGCCAACUCAGCGAUCUCGCGCCAUAAGCCCCGAGACCCAGAUCAUGGCAGCUCUUGGGUUUUACACCUCCGGUUCGUUCCAGACGCGUAUGGGAGACACCAUUGGAAUCAGCCAAGCUUCCAUGAGUCGAUGCGUGUCCAACGUCACGGACGCUCUGGUGGAGAGGGCCUCCCAGUUCAUUUGUUUCCCGCAGGAAGAGGCAUGUGUACAGAAGCUGAAGGAUGACUUUUACAGCUUGGCGGGGGUCCCUGGAGUGCUGGGCGUUGUCGACUGCACACAUGUGACCAUUAAAGCCCCCAAUGCUGAAGACUUGUCGUAUGUAAACCGGAAGGGCUUGCACUCUUUAAACUGCCUUCUUGUGUGCGACACUCAGGGGGUCCUUUUAUGGGCCGAAACCCACCGUCCGGGCAGCAUGCAAGAUAAUGUGGUUCUUCACCAGUCCGACCUAUCUUGUCUGUUUGAGACAAAAUUGCACAAAGAGGGCUGGAUGCUGGCCGACAGCGCUUUCCAUUUGCGGCCUUGGCUGAUGACACCGGUGCAAAUCCCGGAGAGCCCUCAGGAGUACAGAUACAACAUGGCGCACUCUGCCACUCACAACGUCAUGGAGCGCACUCAGCAGGCGCUCCGCCAUCGCUUCCGCUGUCUGGACGUGUCGCGCGCCACCCUGCAGUACUCGCCUGACAAGUCCGCUCAGAUAAUUUUGGCUUGCUGCAUACUGCACAACAUCGCGCUCCGGCACGGCCUGGACAUUUGGUGCGAUCCCGUAGCUUCCUCCAUGGAGGUGGAAGAAGACUGCAAUAACAUCGAAGCGGUAGAGACGGAAGCUUUUCGUAUGAGACAAGAACUGAUCGGGAAUCAUUUCAGCUGAUGUCACAAAAGGACAUUCUGAAUUUUCUGUUAUCCCUGUAGGGCAAUGUUCCCCAACCAGGGUGCCUCCAGCUGUUGCAAAACUACAACUCCCAGCAUGCCCGGACAGCCGAAGGCUGUCCGGGCAUGCUGGGAGUUGUAGUUUUGCAACAGCUGGAGGCACACACUGCUCUAAAAAAAACUAUAUAAUGCCUCUAUGUUAGGGUAAUGAUGCUAGCUGUCUGGGCAUGCUGGGAGUUGUAGUUUUGCAACAGCUGGAGGCACCCUGGUUGGACACUUCCACUUCUUCUUCUGCCCCAGCGUUCGUAACAUUUUGUUCCAAUUGCUGGGUGCAGGAUGUAGGGGUCGUGACGUCACAUCACGCCCCUCGUCACACCACCCCACGCCCCCUCAAUGUAAGUCUACGGGAGGGGGCGUGGCAGCUUGCAUUGAGGGGGCAUGGCGGGACGUCGCGACCCCCACAGCCCGCACCCGGCAUUUGGAACAAAAUGUUUCGAACACUGGGGCCGAAGGCUGUCUGGGCAUGCUGGGAGUUGUAGUUUUGCAACAGCUGGAGGCACCCUGGUUGGACACUUCCACUUCUUCUUCUGCCCCAGCGUUCGUAACAUUUUGCUCCAAAUGCUGGGUGCAGGAUGUAGGGGUCGUGACGUCACAUCACGCCCCUCGUGACACCACGCCACGCCCCCUCAAUGUAAGUCUACGGGAGAGGGCAUGGCAGCUGCCACGUCCCCUCCCAUAGACUUGCUUUGAGGGGGCAUGGCGGGACGUCACGACCCCCGCAGCCCGCACCCGGCAUUUAGAACAAAAUGUUUCGAACACAGGGGCAGUGGAGUACCCCUUUAAAGGGCCAGUGAUCUGUUUAGAUCUUUUGUGCAGCCUUUUAAAUAAUCAUUAUUGCGGAGUGGGGGUUAUUAUUUCUUCAUGGAAAUAUUUGUUUGAGUUCUUCCUCUGUUUUAUUUUUGGGAAAUGAAAAUAAAAAGGAUAAAAGGAUGUAAAGCCUCUGCUACUAGACUCUGGUCCGAUGGAAACAUGUUCUGUGGAGUGAUGGGUCACACUUCUCUAUGUGGCGUCUGAGUGGAUAUUGUUAUAUAUGAGGGAACAACUUCAUAGUAUAGGAGAUAUCCAGCCAAAAGUGAUACAAAAAAAAAAAAAAACUACUUAAGUUAUAUAUAUAAGCUCACCAUGACUCCACAAGGCUGAUUUGUUUCAAAAUUGGACCCCCAGCUUUUGAAAAUCGUGCUGAGUGAGCAAAAAAACUACACACACUGGGCUUGUUUCCUGUGUUGCUGCAGGGAGGGGCUGCUGUGAGAGUGAGCAGUGAGGGGAGUGUAUUGCCCUUCUGCCAAUCAGGGACACUCAAACAUACCACACUGACGCUGUCAGAUCUCUGAGCUGAGAAGGGAGUGUGAAGUGUUGUCUACCGUAGAGGCCAGUCAUGAAUGUGAUAAGAUCUUCUGGACUUUCUGCCUGGAGAGGAACAGUGUAUGUGCCCAGCAAAGAUUACACUUCAUAUUGCAAUGUUAUAUAACUAUCGUGCAGCUAUAUAAAGGUA